AUGAGUGGCAGCUCCUGCCUGCAGCACAGUGAGCGAGUGAUGCUGAAGACUGAGUCCUUACCAGCACCGGGGUACAGCAGCUGGCGAGAACUUGCCAAGGCCCUCGCCAGCAGGAACAUCCCUGCCGUCGAUCCGAAUCUCCAAUUCUACCGUCCCCAGCAGCCGAGCCUCAAGGAUCAAGAAAUUGCCCGAAGUAGGAGUAAGAACAGCAGCUACUUGAAGUGGAACAAGCCCGUCCCCUGGCUCUCAGAGUUCCAGGGCCACGCCAACCUGCACGUGUUUGAAGACUGGUGUGGCAGCUCCAUCCAACAGCUCAGGAGCAACCUGCACUUCCCGCUCUACCCCCAUAUCCGCACAACCCUGAGGAAGCUGGCUGUGUCCCCCAAGUGGACCAACUAUGGCCUCCGCAUAUUUGGCUACCUACACCCUUUUACCGAUGGGAAAAUCCAGUUUGCCAUCGCUGCUGACGACAAUGCUGAAUUCUGGCUGAGUCGUGAUGACCAGGUCUCGGGCCUUCAGCUGCUGGCCAGUGUGGGCAAGACAGGAAAGGAAUGGACAGCCCCUGGAGAGUUUGGGAAAUUUCAGAGUCAAAUUUCCAAGCCAGUGAGUUUAUCAGCCUCUCUCAGGUACUACUUUGAGGUGCUUCACAAGCAGAACGAUGAGGGCACUGACCACGUGGAGGUCGCAUGGAGACGGAAUGACCCUGGAGCCACGUUCACCAUCAUUGACUCCCCCUACUUAUCUCUCUUUACCAAUGAGACCAUCUUAAGGAUGGAUGAGGUAGGCCACAUCCCGCAGACAGCAGCCAGCCACGUGGGCUCCCCCAACUCUCCUCCUCAGGAUGAGCAGCCCCCCGCUGACAUGCUGCGACCUGACCCUCGGGACACCCUCUAUCGAGUGCCUCUGAUCCCCAAGUCCCAUCUGCGUCAUGUCCUGCCUGAUUGUCCCUACAAACCCAGCUACCUGGUGGAUGGGCUCCCGCUUCAGCGCUACCAGGGCCUCCGCUUUGUUCACCUGUCCUUUGUUUAUCCCAAUGACUACACCCGCCUGAGCCACAUGGAGACCCAUAAUAAAUGCUUCUACCAAGAAAGUGCCUAUGAUCAGGACAGGUCCGGCUUCCAGGAGUACAUCAAAAUGGACACGCCAGGCAAGCAGGGCCCGGAGCAGCCAGCAGGUUUGGAGGACGGCCUUCUAGAAGAAUCCCAAUACGAAGAAGCACCAGAGGAAAUCCCCACCUCUCGAGACCGAAAUGCUGGGACACACGGGAGAAAACAAAAGACGACUUCCGCCCCAGGGCUGGGUGUCACUGACUACCACCUGCGGAAGCUCCUGGCUCGCACACAGAAUGGUCCAUUGGCACCGCUUUCCAAACAGAACUCUACAGCCACCUUUCCAAGCAGGACAAAGGACAACCCAGUCCGGCAGCCAGAGAAAAGGACAGGGAAAACUAGCCCUAUGCCCAGCCGAGAUUUGUCUCAUUCUGACAAGGUGGCCCGGAGGAACCUGCCUGUCAUCCAGAGAGCCAGACCCACUGGUGACAGCCCUGGGAAGACUCUUGAGCAGUCCCAGUGGCUGAAUCAAGUGGAAUCCUUCAUAGCUGAGCAGAGACGGGGAGACAGGAUGGAGCCUCCGGCCCCCAGCAGGGGCUGGCAUGCGCAGGAGGACGUGGUCAUAGCAGGGGACCAGGAAGGAGAAGUGGAGGAGGAGGAGGAAGGGGAAGACGAGGAAGAAGAUAUGAAUGAGGUGUUCGAAUAUGUGCCUGUGUUUGACCCAGUAGUGAACUGGGGCCAGACCUUCAGCGCUCAGAACCUCGACUUCCAAGCCCUGAGGACCGACUGGAUCGACCUGAACUGUAACACAUCGGGCAACCUGCUGCUUCCGGAGCAGGAGGCCCUGGAGGUCACACGGGUCUUCCUGAGAAAGCUCAGCCAGAGGACCCGGGGGAGAUACCAGCUGCAGCGCAUUGUGAAUGUGGAGAAGCGCCAGGACCGGCUGCGUGGAGGGCGCUACCUCCUGGAGCUUGAACUGCUGGAAGGCCAACGCCUGGUGCGGCUCUCAGAGUAUGUGUUCACUCGAGGCUGGCGGGGAGGUGACCCUGCUGGCCGGGAGGACACAGAAGCUCGGAACCUGCAGGGCCUGGUCUGGAGCCCACGCAGCCAUCAUAGACAAGUCUCGAAUGCUCAGGAUCCAGAGCCCAAGCUAUGUUGGCCCCAAGGUUUCUCCUGGAACCAUCGAGCUGUGGUCCACUUUAUUGUGCCUGUGAAGAACCAGGCUCGCUGGGUGCAGCAGUUCAUCAGAGACAUGGAGAGCCUGUCCCAAGUCACUGGAGACUCACGUUUCAGCGUCAUUGUCACAGACUAUAGCAGUGAGGACAUGAAUGUGGAGAUGGCUCUGAAGAGGUCCAGACUGCGGAGCUACCAGUACCUGAAGCUGAGUGGAAACUUUGAGCGCUCUGCUGGACUACAGGCUGGCAUAGACCUGGUGAAGGAUCCGCACAGCAUCAUCUUUCUCUGUGACCUGCACAUCCACUUCCCAGCAGGAAUCAUUGAUACUAUCCGGAAGCACUGUGUGGAGGGCAAGAUGGCCUUUGCCCCCAUGGUGAUGCGGCUGCACUGUGGGGCCACCCCACAGUGGCCUGAGGGCUACUGGGAAGUAAACGGAUUUGGCCUCCUCGGCAUCUACAAGUCAGACCUGGACAAGAUCGGGGGCAUGAACACCAAGGAGUUCAGAGACCGCUGGGGAGGGGAAGACUGGGAGCUGCUGGACAGGAUUCUCCAAGCGGGCCUGGAAGUGGAGCGGCUCUCCCUCAGGAACUUUUUCCAUCACUUCCAUUCCAAGCGAGGCAUGUGGAACCGUCGUCAAAUGAAGAUGCCGUGACCUGGGGGCCAGCCGCUUAUAGCUCCUUGACUUGCCGUUGACCCCAGUGCCCUGUUCGCUGCUGAGGAGGGACUCUGAGGAACUGAAGCCUCAGCCCUAAUUGCUCUCUCCAGCGGGAGCUGUCUCUUCGUGCAGG